AGAAGAAUGGCCCGGCCGUUCAUCUGCGUGCUGACCCUGGCAGCUGUGCAGCUGCUGGGCAUCGCCACCGUCUCCAGAGCGAAGGGGCUGCGGGGCGGGGAGUAUCAGGCGGGACAGCGGAUCCCUCCACAGUUCGACGACGAGGAGCGCACCGCGAUGAAAGAGGCGCUGAAAGGUGCCAUUCAGAUUCCAACGGUGUCCUUCAGCCCUGAAGAGUACAACACCACAGCCCUGGCUGAGUUUGGAGAAUUCAUCCGCAGAGCCUUUCCUACAAUAUUCAGCACCGAUUUUAUCCAGCAUGAAGUCGUGGGAGAGUACAGCCACCUGUUCACUGUCCAAGGCUCGGACCCUGGCUUGCAGCCCUACCUGCUACUGGCCCACAUCGAUGUGGUGCCGGCCCCCGAAGAAGGCUGGGAGUUUCCCCCCUUCUCUGGGCUGGAAUAUGAUGGCUUCAUCCAUGGCCGAGGCACACUGGACAACAAGAAUUCCUUGAUGGCUAUCCUGCAGGCCCUGGAGCUCCUGCUGAUCAGAAAAUACGUCCCCCGAAGAUCUUUCUUCAUUGCUCUGGGCCAUGAUGAGGAGGUGUCAGGGAUGAAUGGAGCUCAGAAGAUCUCAGCGCUGCUGCAGGCCAGGGGCGUCCAACUGGCCUUCGUCGUGGAUGAGGGCAGCUUUAUCUUGGACGGUUUCAUUCCCAGCCUCAAGAAGCCCGUUGCCAUGAUUUCAGUCUCCGAGAAGGGUAAACUCAGCCUCUUGUUGCAAGUAAACAUGACGCCGGGCCAUUCUUCAGCUCCUCCAAAGGAGACGAGCAUCGGCAUCCUUGCAGCUGCCGUCUCCCGACUGGAGCAGACCCCAAUGCCGAAUAUGUUUGAAGACGGGACCCUGACGACGACACUGCAGCUACUGGCAAAAGAGUUUCCCUUUCCAGCCAAUAUAGUCUUGGGCAACCUGUGGCUAUUUCGACCCCUUGUAAGCAGGUUAAUGGAGAAGAAUGACGUAACCAAUGCAUUGGUUAGGACGACCACGGCGCUCACCAUGUUCAAUGCAGGGAUCAAGGUGAAUGUCAUCCCUCCAGUUGCCCAGGCCACAGUCAACUUCCGCAUUCACCAAGCACAGACCGUCCAGGAGGUCCUAGAAUUUGUUAAGAAUGUCGUGGCUGAUGAGCGGGUCCAGAUGCAUGUGUUGCGUGCCUUUGAGCCCCUGCCUGUCAGCCCCUCUGAUGAUCAGGCCUUGGGUUACCAGCUACUCCGCCAGACCAUACAGUCCGUCUUCCCGGAAGUCAGCAUUGUUGUCCCAGGUACUUGUAUUGGCAACACAGACAGCCGCCACUAUCAGAACCUCACCACCAACAUCUACAGGUUCAACCCUGUCUACCUGCAGCCUCAGGGCUUCCGCAGCAUCCACGGAAUCAAUGAGAAAAUCUCCAUCCGAGCCUACGAGACCCAGGUGAAAUUCAUGUUUGAGCUGAUCCAGAAUUCGGACAUUCAGCCAGUGUGCAUUCCCCACCUGCACGAGCUGUGAGGAGAAAGAAAAGAUCGACUGAACUAGCAGGGCCUGGCCCUGAGCCUGGACAAAGCCCCGGGGGACCGGGGGAGAGCCAGGGCUGAGGAGACCUAUCUGAGCCACACUUCACCUGUUGCGCACUGCCUUGCUCCCUCUCCCAGGAAGGCCAGGGAGGAAGGGGGUGGCCGCAUUAUUGCCUUUUCAUCUCUGCUCAGGAAGACAUCUGGCUUGUCUGUCUGAGCAGCCAUGACCUAAAUGCAGUUUCAAAACACCUCAGCCCCUGCUUCACUUCAGGCAUCCUCACAGGGCUGCCUUCUCCUCAGCUUAGCCAGUUUACA